UCCAGAUAAUUCGAGUCGAUUUUACAAAAAUAUAUACCAGAGUCGUUACCACAAUUUCAAUCCAGUGCAAGAUGUUACCCCGGCAAGUGUUUUUGGUUUCUCUGCUACUAGCUGCAUCCAAUUCGUUUGUACCAGAAAAUAAACUCACUCCUACCGUCUAUGAAUCAAUCAAUAGGGGUGUCAGUGGCAGGCUGAUUGGUAGUGAUGAAACUACCAUAGCCAAUUAUCCAUAUGUGGUAUCGUUGCAAUACAACAGCACGUUCUUUGGGUACGAGGUAGCGCAUUUUUGUACUGGCACCAUCGUCAAUCAAAAUUGGGUAGUCACGGCGGCAGAGUGCGCUCUUUUACUCGAGCCGGAGAAUCUUAUUGUUCGCGCUGGAUCUAGUUAUUAUAACGAAAGUGGUAUUGUUUAUACUGUCGAAAAUGUCACCACGCAUGAGGAUUUCGACGCGGUUGAUCUUAAUUAUGACAUAGGUCUCAUUAAGAUUCGUGGGUCCUUUCAGUUCAGUGACGUCAUUCAGCCUGUCAAAUUACCCACUUACAAUUUGACUAUCGAAAAUGGAACGAUGCUCGAUAUAGCUAGCUGGGGAGUAACUGAGUUUUUGGAUGCAAAUUUAUCACCUGUAAUUCGCAAGAUCAGUGUACCCACGAUAACUAUAGAGGAAUGCAGUAGGGUUUACGAACAAGUAGGAAAGACGCAAAUUGACGUUUUCUGUGCACACGCGGCAAAUAUUGGUCCAUGCGUGGGAGACGCAGGGGCAGGAGCCGUAAGGGAUGGCGUCUUAUUGGGUCUAGUUGCAUGGUCCUAUGGUUGCGGUGGUACAACGUAUCCAACGGUAUACAGCAAUGUACCACGGCUGUUGCCAUGGAUAAUCGAAGUAGCCGGAAUAACGUCAGAAGCGCCAGAAGAGUCAGGAGCGUCAGAAGCGUCAGGAGCAUUCUGCAGCCUUUUGUUAAUUUUCUUAAGUCUGGCAAUAAGUAUGAGAUAAGACAAUACAUCGUAUUUCACGGCCGAAGUAAAAGUGUCAAAUGGACGAUAAAACUGUAUUUUCCUUGAAAAGAAAAAAAAGCGGAUCAAUGAAAAUGUAUAAAUUGAAAAUCCGUAAAAAAUGAAUGGUAAAAAUUAA